GUGGUUCUGGAGACUUAGUGGAUUGGAGCUGUAAUUAUGCCAUUCCUUCUCAGAUCAGUAAUAACCAUCUCCUUUUCUCAAUUCCCAAGUUUUAAAGGAUCAAAAGGAGAAGCAGGAGACAAGGGACAAAGAGGAAAUACAGGACCUUCAGGGAUUGCAGGACCUAUAGGAGAAAGAGGCCCCCCUGGCCCAGUAGGUAUAACUGGAUCUCCAGGAUCUGGAGGAACU